GGGGUGUUAAAAUCUUGCUGUCAAGUUGGAUUUGUAGUCGUUGGCUACAUGGAGCUGCCAAAGCCUGUUUCAUCUCAGGAGACUGGAGAAAGUUCCAGUGUCUUAGAAGAAGGAGGUGAGGACAAAUUCAAGACGUCUGAAGAUAUUGCUUUUUAUAGGCGUCAGGUGCAGCAAAUAUCUGACUCUUCCCCUUAUCAGAUUUUGAUGAAUACCCUUACAUUAUCUGAAACCUGUGCUAAUGUUCAUUUACAUCAUAGUGCAACGAAGGAAGACCUGCUUCUUGAACUCCAUUGUUUAAAAAAUGGGAUAGUGAGGGUCAAAAUCAAUGAGCUACAACCAAUAAAACCAAGAUAUGAGGCUACAGAUGCCCUGAUUGGAGAGCAGCAUCCUCAGAGGUGGACUUCACAGACCAAUAAAGAUGCUAUCACCUUAAGUAGUGAGGAUGGACACGUCCAGUUGCAGAUGAUGACUAGCCCAUUUCAUAUGGAACUUUCAAGUGGAAAUGAAAGCAUUGUGAGUGUGAAUGCUAAAGGGAGGUUGCACUUUGAAACUCUUCAAGCCAAGCUGUCUCCAAGGACUACUGAUGCCAGUAAUGGACAGAAAGAAGACCCUUUGGGAUUAUGGAAGGAAGAAUUUAAAACAUUCACUGAUAUUAAAGCCAAUGGACCCAGUUCUGUGGGCCUGGACUUCACACUUCAUCAUUUUGAACACGUGUAUGGAAUCCCAGAACAUGCAGAUGCCUUAAAACUUCAAAAUACCAGAGAUGGGGAUCCAUACCGUUUAUACAACCUGGAUGUGUUUGCCUACAAAAUAUGGAGUAAAAUGGGCCUUUAUGGCUCUGUACCUCUAUUGAUAGCUCAUAAACCUGGACAGACUGUUGGGAUCUUUUGGCUGAAUGCAUCUGAGACUCUUGUAGACAUUAAUAUAGCAAAUGCAUCCCAGUCUUCAGAUGUUGGUCCUCCUGAGAAGCGAAGGAAGGUGGUUGCAAAUACUGAUGUGGUCUGGAUGUCAGAGAGUGGAGUCAUUGAUGCUUUUAUCUUGUUGGGCCCAAGCCCUUUUGAUGUAUUUAGGCAGUAUGCAGAACUAACAGGAUUUCAGGCACUGCCACCUCUCUUUGCUUUGGGGUACCAUCAGUGUCGCUGGAACUAUGAGAACCAGGAAGAUGUGCUGUCUGUGGACCAGGGCUUUGACAAGCAUGGCAUUCCUUAUGAUGUAAUUUGGCUGGAUAUUGAACAUACACAAGGCAAGAGAUACUUCACUUGGGAUGAAAAGCAAUUUCCAGAUCCCCAAGGCAUGCAGCUUCAUCUUCAAGACAAAAAGCGUAAGCUGGUUGUGAUCAGUGAUCCACACAUCAAAAUUGACCCAGAUUACUUCAUCUUCUCUGAAGCUAAGAAAGCAGGUUAUUUUGUGAAGGACAGUGAAGGAAAUGACUUUGUAGGUUCCUGCUGGCCUGGUCCUUGCUCCUACCUGGAUUUCUGCAAUCCAGAAGUGAGAAAAUGGUAUUCUGACAAAUUUUCUCUCAGUUCUUACAAGGGAUCUACAGACUCAUUAUUUAUCUGGAAUGACAUGAAUGAGCCUUCAGUUUUUGAUGGGCCUGAGCAAACAAUGUCAAAAAAUGCUGUGCAUUUUGGAGGAUGGGAGCACAGAGAUCUACACAAUUUAUAUGGAUUUUAUCAGCAUUGGGCUUCAGCUGAUGGACUUAUCCAAAGAUCAAAAGGAUCAAAGAGACCAUUUGUGCUGAGCAGAUCUUUUUUUGCAGGAUCUCAGAGGUUUGGUGCAGUUUGGACUGGAGACAAUGUAGCCAGUUGGGAAUAUCUCCAAAUCUCCAUUCCCAUGCUUCUUGCGCUUAGUAUCACAGGAAUUUCAUUUUGCGGAGCGGAUAUAGGUGGGUUUGUGCAGGACCCAGAGCCAGAGUUGCUUAUUCGCUGGUAUCAGGCAGGAGCUCUACAGCCUUUUUUUCGAGGGCAUUCAUCCAUUCAAACCAAACGAAGAGAGCCUUGGCUGUUUGGAGAAAAGACCACUCAGAUAAUCAAGAAAGCCAUUCAAGAACGAUAUUGUUUACUUCCCUAUUGGUACACGCUAUUCUGUCGUGCUCACACCAAGGCAGAGCCCGUCAUCAGGCCAGUCUGGGUGGAAUUUCCUAAAGAACUGAAUACUUUUGCCUUGGAUUCAGAAUAUAUGAUAGGAAAUGCUUUACUGGCCCACCCAGUAACAGAAGCAGGAGCAAAGACAGUUAACAUUUUACUACCUGGCUCCAAGGAGAAAUGGUAUGAUGUCCGUACUUGCCAGAGAUUUGAAGGAGAUCAAACCAUAUGUGUCUCAGUUAAUCUGGAAAGUGUCCCAGUAUUCCAGAGAGGUGGCACUGUUAUUCCAAGAAAAACUGAGGCAGGCAUGACCACAGCCAGCCAGACCCAAACUACAUUCUCUCUGAGCAUAGCACUUGAUUCUAAGGGUUUUGCUGAGGGAGAGCUCUACAUAGAUGAUGGCUAUUCAUUCAGUUACAAAACAGAAAAACAGUACUGCCACUGGAGGUUUGUCUUCUUAAACAAUGUGCUAAAAGCCAGACCUGUUGAUAAAAUGGGGAAGAUGAUUUCAUGUUUAACUGUAGAAAGAGUUUGGAUAAUGGGCUUAAUGGACAAGCCUGUAUCAGUGACAGUACCGUGUCCAGGCAAAAAGGAAGAAAAAUUGGAUUUUAGUUUCAAGGACGAAACAAUGACAAUAGGAAACUUACAAAUUCAAGUUCUCCAGGGUUGGCUGCUGAAGAUAAAGUAGUAUUUAACCAAUGGAGGAGGUACAUGUUAUAUUCUGAAACUUUUUGAAGUGAACCCAGGAUAAUGAAAACUGCAUUUGAUUGUAGUUUUAUAUAAUUCUAAGAAAACUGUUCUGCAGAAAAUUGAAGUGAAAAUUUAGUAAGUGAUUACUGGCUUCAUAUACAAUAGUUAACAAUGCACACGGGUUCCUAUAACAGUUUUCAGUUUCAUCAGAGAUGUUAAGUCACAGUUGGCAUGGUGGUGCAGUGGCAGCACUGCUGCCUCACAAUAUGGACACCAGGGUUCAUGUCUUGGGUCUGUUCCUAUGGGUUUCCUCCAGGUGCUCCAGUUUCUUCCCACAGUCCAAAGACAUGAAGUUAGGUAAACUGGCAUUGUUAAAUUGGUCCUUGUGUGUGUACAAUAGGCAGCUGCCAUGUCCAGGUGUUUUUCCUGCCUUGCACCCUGUGAUUGGUAAGAUACACUCCAGCUGUCCUGCAAUCCCUGUCCUGGAUUAGUGGUUUAAGAAAAGGGAUGGAUGGAUGUCAAAACAGCAUGUUUCGGUUAUUAUAUUGUAAGCUGUAAACCAUAUCUAGUGGUACAAUUACACACAGGUCAGCACCUCACCUUACUGCUACAGAGACCCACAUUUGAUUUUCUGCCCAGUCAUCCUCCAUGUAGAGGGUUUUCUCAUCAUGUGUUGUUUCUGCCACAUUUCAAAGGUGCACUGGCCAGUUAUGACAGAGUGUGGUUGUAUGUGAAAACACCAUGCAAUAGAUUGGCACCUUGUCCAUUUUUCUUUGCUGCUUUGUGCUAAAUGAUGCUGAAAUAUUCAGAAACUGAAUGGUCAUAAACUGAACCAGAGGCAAUGUCUGCCUGUUAUUCCAUCCACAAUGGUAAGCUAACCCCCUAGAAAAUCUGAGACAGUUUGCAGAAUCUGGCUAUUUUUCUCAUUUCACAGAUAAUGAUACACUGAAGUGAGACACCGUGAUACUUUGCUGCUUCCACUUACCACCUGUCUUGGGCAUGGGGGGGCUGACGCGGGAUGAGUAGAUAUUAUGUACAAACGAAACGUAUGAACAGAAAGCAAGAAUUGAUCCUACAGCAUUGAGUGUCAACUUCAGCAUAAAAUAUUUCGAAAACUGAAAACAAUAUCAAAAAAAGUUUCAGAUAAAGAAAUUUCUUCAUACAUUUUUCUACAACUUUCUCGCUUUGACAUUUUAGGAAUCCAAAUAAAACGUAGACCUUUCACUUCAAAAGUAUUUACAAGAUAGUUUUUGGUGUUGAAAAAAGCCCGAUUAGAAUUUUGAACGCAAUUUACGACAAAAAACUAUAUUUGCCAAUAUCUGUCUCGCUAUUAAAUUGUUUUGUACAGUCCCAGUUACUGUUUCUUCAGCAGAAAGAUCGUUUAGCAGAUUGGCAAAUUCAUUAAAAACAUGGCAAAGAAGUACAACUAGUCAAAAAUGACUUCAUCAUCUAGCAAUUCUGUGUAUUGAAAAUGAUUUAGCUAAACAUAUUGGUUUUAGUGAGGUCACUGAAAAUUUUGCGUCAAAGAAAGUUAGAAAACAGAUUUGGCAAUAAUUUUGAUACUAUUGGUAUCAAAUUGAUAUAUUGAUAUCAUUAGGAUCUUUACUUUAUAAAUAUAUUUAAUAAAUGUGCAUAAUACUUAUGUUUUCGCAUCAUUAACCUCGCUGGGGAAAUGGAAACUGUGGUCAGAACUUUUGUACAUCACAAAUUAUUGUGUUUCAUACCAGCCCUUUGUCCAACUGAUAAUGUUCACAUACAAGUCUUUGAUGAGCUUUGUGCAAUCUAUGUUAAAUGAACUCCAGAAAUGAUAACCAAAAUAAAUUAAAAACACAUUUAUUGUC